AUGGAAUAUUAUGAAGCUGGGGGCUAUUAUCCAGUUACAAUUGGGGACUGUUUCCACCAUCGCUAUCGGGUAGUUCAUAAAUUUGGCCAUGGUACAUACUCGACGAUCUGGCUGGCCCGCGAUGAAAUUUUCAAUAGAUAUGUUGCAUUGAAAAUCUGUACGGCGGAUUCGAGUCCCCGCGAGAACAAUGUGCUGUCCAGGCUGUCGCAACCCCAGCAAUCGUCACGCUUAGACCGAGAUUUGAUCCCUACAUUCUCAGACAUCUUCAAUAUACAAGGCCCCAAUGGCAACCACACCUGCUUUGUCACCAGACCAGCACGAAUGAGCCUGUCAGAUGCAAAGAAUGGAUCAUGGAUCAGUCUAUUUCAGCUUGAGGUAUCCCGAGCGAUAGUAGCACAGCUUAUAAUUGCUGCUCAGUACAUCCACUCCCAAGGUAUCAUCCAUGGGGACCUUCACCGUGGGAAUAUUCUACUUCGGCUUUGCCGUGACUUUGACAAACUGUCGACUGACAUGCUGUAUGAAAAGUAUGGAGAACCGGUAUUGGAGCCAGUCAAUCGAUUAGAUGGUCAAAAGAUUCCGCCAGAGGUACCACAAUAUGGUGUAGUACCUAUAUGGCUCGGAGCUGUAAGUGAGGAUGUGACGCUCCCAGAAGCCAAGAUUUUUCUUUCAGACUUCGGCGAAGCAUUUUGUCCGACCCAAGAAAGAAAGUUCGAGUCUCAUACACCUCUGCUGGUCCGUCCCCCGGAGGCCCGGUUUGAGCCAACCCAGCCUCUCAAAUUUUCGUCCGAUAUAUGGACACUUGCCUGCACCAUCUGGGAUACUAUGGGACAAAGAACACUAUUUGAAGGCCUCCUUACAAAUGAUGACGACAUGACUAGCCAACAAGUCGAAUUAAUUGGCCCACUUCCCUCCGAGUGGUUCGCUAGAUGGACAGAAAUCCGAGACAAGGACAGUAAGUCGAAACACCAACCUCCCACAUCUCCGACUCAGUCAUGGGAGGAUCGAUUCGAAAAACACAUGCAGCAGUCGCGAAUACGCGAGGGAAUGCCGCCUUUUGAAUCAAGAGAACGGGAUGCUUUCCUCUCGAUGUUACGCUCUAUGCUUCGCUUCAGGCCGGAAGAUCGCCCUUCUGCUCAACAGAUCCUUGAGUCGGAAUGGAUGGUGAAGUGGGCAUUGCCCGAAUAUGAGAAGAUUCGCAAUACUGCUCAAGCGCAGAAGGUGGAAUCGUAA